CCUGUCAGAGAUGGAGUAUGCUGUGCCGCAGCUCUAACCGAAAAAAAUAUGUGGCUUUAGUACUGUAGCAAGACUGAAUCAAAGUUUUACUCCACACGGAACCGCCGAGUCACUUCCAGUCGGUGUUUAGAAUCGUAGGUUUGGAAAUGUUUUCUUAAAUUGUUGCUAACUGACUGGUUAGCUUCCGGGUUAGCUUUCAAGUUCGGACCGUCUUGCUAAUUCUCACGUUCCAACCCGAAAUUCAAACAAAAUCUACAACAAAGCAAUAACGUCGGCAGGAUUUACUCAAAUUGGACAACUAAAGAUGGAGUCGAUUAAUAUUUUUGGCAGCACGAGUCCUGCAAACACCGUUUUGAAAAGUAGGCCCGACGGGAUCCCCGGGCUUGCCUCGCUCUCUCUGCCCGAGCUGAGCACAAAGAACGCGCACUGUCGGAACCUUUUCUCCCCUGGACCCGCCACCGUGUUGUCUCCGGUCACCAAUUUGGCUCUGGACAUGAACAAUUUAGCCGGACUCGGAAGCCAAUGUGAUACACCGAAAAGGAGAAAGCACGCAACCCUUGAAAAGGUUCCCUCCUUUGCUUCUGACGUCUCAUCUGAUGCUGGCCUUGGCAUGGAUCCCCCAAGCCCCAUGGAUGCUAUCGAAAUGGAGGACACCUUUGAAAAAGCCAUUCAGCAGUCAAGCAAAGUUGUCAACCAGAAGAUGCCAAUUCGAAGAAUCAACUCCUUGCCACUCCAGCUCCAGAGUUUCAGUCCAUCUCUGAAGGGACAAGAAACAGAUUCUCACCGCUAUGGAAUAUUUAGCCAACAACCCUCCCAAAUGAUCGCCUCCUCUCAACGCAACAACAAGGAGAACGUGCCGGAGGAGAGCUUUGAAUUUAAAAAACCAACCAAGCCUGCAUCGCGGUGUCGCGUGCGCUCCUUCAACAGCGGUCAGUCAAAGGAUGCAUUUGCUAGCCGUCCCAGCUCCGCACCAGCCCUCAUGUUUUCUUCACCUCCUCCAGUCCUGCAGCUUGACUUUUAUGACUCCCCCAUGUUCCAGAGACGUUCCUCCCUCACUUCCUCUCUGAACGAUGACGAAGAUGACGGUUUCCUGGAUGUUAUGGAUGACAGCAUGGAGAACGACUCCGGGAUGCCAAUGGGAAUGGCCAGCUUGCUCACCGCCCCUCUGGUGUCCGACAGCACAGGAGAAGACUCUCCUGUGAUUCGCUGCCGGCCGCGGAGCCUGUUUCGCUCCCCAUCCAUGCCCAGUCCAGUGUCCCGUCCAUGUGCGAAGCGUCCCGACUGCUCCAGAGACGAAAACACUCCCGUCAGGGUGAAAAGGCGACGCAGCCUGGCAGGAACACAGGUCACCACCCUGGAACAAAACCCAGAAUCCCCACGAAUGAGCGGCUCUCUGCUCCAGAGGUCCAAGUCCUUCUGCCAGACAGAGAUUGAGAAGCUGCUGGACGGUGAGGAUGGUUCUAAUGCGCUAAUAGGAGAUUUCACCAAGCCUUUUGUUUUACCCACAGUGGACGGCAAACAUCAAGACCUCAAGUACAUUACCCCAGAGACUAUGGUGGCAGCUGUGUCCGACCAGUUCAGUCAUCUAGUCGAGCGAGUCAUCGUCAUCGACUGCCGCUACCCCUACGAGUUUGAGGGCGGACACAUCAAGGGAGCUCUAAACCUGCACCAGGAGGAGCAGGUGGAGGACUUCCUCCUCAAAACGGCCAUCAUCCCGUCCUGCCCGGACAAACGCAUCGUCAUCAUCUUCCACUGCGAGUUCUCGUCGGAGCGCGGCCCUCGGAUGUGUCGCUUCGUCAGGGAGCGAGACCGCGCCAUGAACGAGUAUCCCAAACUCCACUACCCCGAGCUCUACAUCCUCAAGGGCGGUUACAAAGACUUCUUCCACCAUUUCCAGUCACAAUGUGUACCUCAGUCCUACCGGCCCAUGCACCACGAGGACUUCAAGGAGGACCUGAGGAAGUUUCGCCUGAAGAGUCGCACCUGGGCCGGGGAGCGCAGCAAGAGAGACAUGUACAGCCGACUGAAGAAGCUGUGAGCGCCUCCUCGUCCUCUUAAACUGCCUCUAAAACACACUGCCUCCCCCUGAACAGACUGCGUACAAACUCCUCUCAGAGCCUGAGCUCUCGCCCCACCAACACGGAAAUACCUUUCAGGAUCGCACCAGCAGGAAGGGAUUUUAUAAAGCCUCUAAUUGUUUGAUUCAACUAUAGCAAAGUUAAGUAUUUAUGCAAAUUUUAAAGGGGGGAAAGACAUGAAAUGAUGAACGCUUGGCCUGAAUACGUCACAGUGGUGCAGUGAACAGAUUUCAUUAAGGUGAUCAGAAGCAGCGUGAUCCUUUUGGAAACCACUUGAUGCUUGUGUUCCCUGUUUUAUUAUCACUGCCAGAUUGCAGCAAACCACACUGCCGAGUCUGACGUUUCAGUCUCCUCGCUGGAUGUUUUUGUUUUUCAUUUUGCAUUUCUCAUGUCCCGCCUUAUUUAAGCACUUAAUUUAAAUGCCUUGAAAUGGUGAGGUGCUUUUUUUUUUUUUUUUGUAGAAUGAAUUGUUUGUCCCCAUUUUUGCAUCAAUUUGUUGAAAGUAUGCCUUUAUCUAGGCGUCCCACAAUGCAAAUUGGAUAUUUUAAUGACAACUUUUAAAGUGUAAUAUUAAUGAAGGUUUUUUUGUUGUUGUUGUUUUUGUUGAUCAGUUGCCAUGCAUGGUAACUUUUUCUUUUUUUUCCGGUCAGAAGAUACCAAAGCAAAACAACUACCUGUUAACUUUGCAGUGAGAUUUUUCUGAUGCUGCAGGUCAGCAAGUGUGAGAGGUUUUUUUGAUCUAAGACAAACUUUUUCUUUGCUUUGCUUUGAUUCCUUUAUUUUGAGAGAGAACAUGUCUUCCCCUCUGCAGAGUUACUGUUGUCAGUUUUAUAAUGAAUGGGGUGCUUUGAAUAUUUUGAUACAGGCUUGUUGGGGAGCUGAAAUAAAGAGCCAGUGUGUGUUCA